AUGUCGGCUGCCUAUUCGGUAAACCAUGGUGUGGUGAAUAUGAUCAAGAUCGACGACACCAACACGUUCUAUGGAUUGUCCUCCUCAAAUAAUGACGGAUACCAUCCAGUUGAAGAAGAAUUGUCCAAGAAAACGGAUGAAGAACCACAUUCCGCAGCGGGCGAUGAAGUCGGAGAAGGAGAAGGAAUCUCAGUACCUCAAAUCAAAACAAGGCAGCUGAAACGAGGUUUGAGUGCCGAAGAGGGUGCUCAAUCCAUCUACAGUCAGAAUCUUUCCGGCUGCAGCUGGAUCGAAUCGUCGAAGAUGAAGAAGAUUCCAAAGUUCAAAACGAAAGAAUUGAUGAUGGGCUUAACGCUAGGAUCUGGUUGUUUUGGAGCUGUCUAUGAAAUUCGAGGAUUUCAUCUCACCGGCGCCACAAAACGAAGCUUUGAUCGGUCGAAACGAGAUGAUGACGACGAGGAAGUCACUCCCGGUGAAAUGGAAUCUCGUAAUUUUAUUGCGCGACACUGCUAUCGCAACAAUGGUGAUGCUCGGUAUGCCAUCAAGAAACUAAAAUCAGGUAUUUUGGAAGACGAUUCGAGCUUUAUGAAUGGAAUGGCAGAUUUGGCCAACGAGACACUCUAUUUGGCAUCCCUCCAGCAUCAUCCCAACAUUAUCAAAUUGCGGGGCGUUGCUGUGGAAAACAUGUUUAGCAAGGAAUACUUCCUUAUAUUGGAUCGAUUGUACGACACUCUGCAAGUUCGAAUUCUCAAAUGGAAAAAGACAAAGAAACACACCAAAGGAUUUGUACGAUCCAUCAUCAAGGAUCGGAAUGGUCAAAAAAAGAGAAAGCUAUUGGAAGAACGAAUGAAAUAUGCUAUGGAUCUAAUGGCCGCCAUUGCCUACAUGCAUGACCAUCGGAUUAUUCACCGAGAUCUCAAGCCGGACAAUAUUGGAUUUGAUGUUCGCAAUGACAUCAAAGUGUUUGACUUUGGAUUGGCCCGAGAAAUGCCCCCACCAAAAACCAAUUCACCCAACGAGACAUUUAAAUUUACCUCUGCAGGAUCACCCCGAUACAUGGCGCCAGAAGUCGGACUCGGCCAAAGACACAAUCAAUCCUGUGACAUUUACAGUUUUGGAUUGGUAUUCUGGGAAAUGUUGACCCUGAAACGACCGUUUAAGAACGAAAGAACCAUGCACCAAUUGAAGGAAAAUGUUUGGAAUCCGUGGGGGCGCCAAGAGAGACCAUCCGUUCCUGCCAAGUUUUCCACGAGCAUUCAAACCAUUCUGCACGAAUCUUGGAAUCCCGACCAUCGUGCCCGACCAAAUGCACACAAACUACUGGACGAUCUAACGAAGGAAUGUUUGAAGCUACGACAAGAUAUGCGAAUCAGUCAUACGGCACGACGAUCGACCUUUGUCAUGCUGGAGCGAAGUAGUCGGAGUCAGGAAAUGAAGCGCAGGUCGGAAACGAUCAAGGAGGAGUCAUCGUCACGGUUAUCGGUCCACAGUGCUACUAAUUUCGACAGCACGGCUAUAGAAGACUUUGACAACGUAUCCUGGAAUACUAAGAUCUCACAUUGA